UUACAACUAUUUAUCCGAAUAAUGUAGACAUGUAAAUACAUGUAGAGAUCUUCAUAGCAGUAAUUCUGGGCUCUCUGGCAUCGACACAUCGAGUCUGCAGAUCCAGGGAAGAUCAGAAGAAAGAAGGAAGUGCAGUUAGCAAACAGCAGGAGAAGAAGAGCUAGCUUACAUCAGAGGGUUUGUUGAACCUGUACUGUUUGUUCACACGGUUAUAACGACAACAUGCCCGAAAUACAGACGCGAAGGAUUCAAGCUAUGGAGACCAGUGCCAGUGACGGACUGGAGGGGUUCAAGGCACAUGCUGUGUUCCAGGAAAUCAAUAAGAAGCUCCAGGAGGAAGGAGAACAGUUUGUGAAAAAGAUCGGGGGUGUGUUUGCCUUCAAAGUAAAAGAUGGACCUGAUGGGCAGGAGGCCACCUGGUACGUGGAUGUAAAGAACGGUACUGGCUGUGUUCACAAUGACACAGAGAAGAAAGCAGAUUGCACCAUUUCCAUGUCGGACACAGACUUGUUGGCCCUGAUGACCGGGAAGAUGAACCCACAGACUGCGUUUUUCCAGGGCAAGCUGAAGAUCACAGGGAACAUGGGAUUGGCCAUGAAGCUCCAAAGCCUGCAGCUGCAGCCAGGCAAAGCCAAGCUGUAGAUGAGACGUCAGAGCUCACUGUAACACUGAAUAGAGUUAACCAUAAAGAAAUUAACAUGAAGUCUGUUUUCAGAUGAAUGUUUAAGCUCUGUAAACAUUCUUGACACUGGACUGAACCACUUCAUCUAAUAGUGACCUCACUUAUGGACCAGGGGGUUUAGUCAGCAUCCCUGCUCCUCUAACAGCAGAAUGAGAUGAUGCAUAGAUAAAGUAUUCUUUAAUGAAGUCCCUCUCAGUACACAGGUGUACUGAGUACACCGGAGAGCUCCCUACUAAUCCAUAUAAUGUUUAAUUUUCAAUAACUUUGUGUUGCAAAUGGGUACAUUUUGUUUGGUAGUCUGUGGAGUAGAUUAGUAGAUUGAUGUCAUUUUUCCACAAUCAUGGACUCUGCAGUCUAAGUGCCUCCUUGUUUCUGACUCACCAUUUGUUAAAAGGUUAAUAGGCAACACAGGAGAAAUGUUUUUCACAGUGGCCGCCCAGGAUUUUAACAGAAGGGGUUGUCAUUUUUCAGCAGUGCUAUCAUUGUUGUAUGAAUCUCCUGAAAGAUUUCUACUAAAUAAAUGUCUUUGCUGAAAUGUU